GAGCUAAGCGAAGCUUUCUUCUCCGACGAGCCGACGGCUUCUCGCACCAACUCGAUCAACACCAGUACACCACCGUAUCUCCAGCUCGGUGCACGGCCAUGCUGACCUCGCUGAGGUACCUGACCGGCACGGCGGGGCCGAGCGGCUUCGGCUCCCGCGCCACCGCCGAGGACGCCACCGCCGCCUGCGCCGACCUCCGCCACAUCACCGCCAUCAUCACCGGCGCGACGUCGGGGAUCGGGGCGGAGACGGCGCGCGUGCUGGCGAAGCGCGGCGCGAGGCUGGUGCUGCCGGCGAGGCGCCUGAAGGCGGCGGAGGAGGCGCGGGCGCGGCUCCUCGCGGAGUGCCCCGCCGCCGGCGACGUCGUGGUGCUGCCGCUCGACCUCAGCUCGCUCGCCUCCGUCCGCCGCUUCGCCGCCCGCUUCCUCGCCCUCGGCCUCCCCCUCAACCUCCUCAUUGGAUUAUAUAAAAUGUCACGCAGCAACAACGCCGGCAAGUUCGCCGACCGCUUCGCCUUGUCCGACGACGGCGUCGAGAUGACCUUCGCCACCAACUACCUGGGGCACUUCCUGCUGACGAAGCUGCUGCUGGAGAAGAUGGCGGAGACGGCGAGGGCGACCGGCGUCGAGGGCCGCGUCGUGAACGUCUCCUCCACCAUCCACAGCUGGUUCGCCGGCGGCGACGCCGCCGGCUACAUCGACGGCGUCGCGCGCAAGAAGAUACCGUACGAUCCGACGAGAGCGUACGCGCUCUCCAAGCUGGCCAACGUACUCCACACGAGGGCACUCGCUGAUCGGCUCAAGGAGAUGAAAGCCAAUGUGACGGCGAACUGCGUCCAUCCUGGGAUCGUCAGGACCCGGCUCAUCCGAGAACGCGACGGCCUUGUCACCAAUACCGUCUUCUUCCUGGCGUCCAAGCUGCUCAAGACAAUCCCUCAGGCGGCGGCGACGACGUGCUACGUGGCGGUGCACCCGGCGGUGGCCGGAGUGUCCGGGAAGUACUUCGCCGACUGCAACGAGGCGUCGCCGUCGAGGCUGGGGUCCAGCGGCGAGGAGGCCGCCAAGCUGUGGAGAUUCUCUGAAGAGAUAGCCGCGGAGGAGAAGGAGGAGAGCGUCCAUGUCGGCAGCUUCAGGCUCCAGGUCCAGAGUUCUAAUGCUGACCGUGGCUUGGCUUUCGCCUAGCUAGGAUCAUCACUUCAGCUUCAGUUCAUCACCACCGGAAAAAAGAUUCAAUUUUGAUAGACCACAAUGACACACUUCAAGAGAUUAUUAAGCCUGUCAAGAGAGAGAGAGGAAAUUAGAAGGUUGUUCCAGAAACCAGAGGAGAAAUUACAGAAAAGCAGUAGUAGUAUAUGUAUUUAUACCGUAUGAGUUUACAUUAGAUGUAAAAAAUAUGUUAGUAUGUCAAGAUAUGCUAGAUGUAAAUACAUACAUACAGUUACACCAUGUGUAUAAUAUCAGAAUAUAUGGUAGUGCCUUCUCAAAAAGAGAAAAAAAAAGGGAAAGAAUAUAGUAUGUUAGUGUGUUUUGAGCUUCCCUGCAAACUAAAGAUCAGUAUGCCA